AUCCAGUGCUAUUUGAUAGUAAAUCCUAGCUUUCCCAGGGACUUUGAUGAAUUUAAUUGCUUUCUACUAGGUUUAUUUGAUAAAAACAACUGUCCUAAUACAAAGAAUUUUAUCUGGUCCUAUUGUGGUAAAAGAUACCCUUUCUUUUUUUUUAAAAUUUUUUAUUUUUUAUAAACAUAUAUUUUUAUCCCCAGGGGUACAGGUCUGUGAAUCGCCAGGUUUACACACUUCACAGCACUCACCAAAGCACCUACCCUCCCCAAUGUCCAUAACCCCACCCCCCUUAAAGAUACCCUUUCUUGGCUAGGAGUUCCUCAUGUACAUAAAUACACCGGGCCUCAUGUUUACUAGCUAACACAGUUAUCAUGUGGCUAUCAUUUUUAUUGUAUGCUUAGUAUGUAUCAGGCAAUAUUCUAAGCAUUUUCUGUGUAUUUACUAACUUAAUCCUCACAAUAACCCAUCAUGGGUUAGGUUUACUAUUCCUAUCCCAUUUUAUAAAUACAGAAGAUGACGUUAAGUGGUUAUAACCAAAGAUUUUUAAAUUUCUUUUUUUUUUAAAUAGAUUUUAUUUACUUGUCAGAGAGAGCACAAGCAAAGGGAGCAGCAGGCAGAGGGAGAAGCUGGCUAUCUUCUGAACAAGGAGCACGAUGAUCAUGACCUGGGCUGAAGGCAGACACAACCGACUCAGCCACCCAGGCAUCCCUGAUUUUCAAAUUUUUUAUGAAGGAGAAAAAUUUACAUGAUAGUAAUUAUGCCAAAAAGAAAUAGUUCCAGGAAAACUAGCUAAAGUUAGUUUUGUACCUAGCUCUGUAUUUCUGAAGUAGAUAGGUAUAGUCAGUUUGGGCUUGUAAAUCUUUUGCUUACAGAUCAUAAGUCCUAGGGGCACCUGAGUGUCGCAGUUGGUUGAACUUCUGACUCUUAGUUUUGGCUCAGGUUGUGAGCUCAGGGUGGUGAGAUCAAGUCCGGAGUUGAGCUCUGCAUUCAGCUUGGAGUUCUGCUCGGGACUCUCUCUCCCUCUGCCUCCAUCCCACCCCCACUCUCUCUCUCUCUCAAAAUAAAUAAAUAAAUGAAUCUUAAAAAAAAAAAAAAAAAAAAAAAAACAAAUCAUAGACCCUAGAAGACCCCAGAGAAUUUGUGAAUCUGUCAUGUUCAACCACUAGAUUCAUAAAAAUUGUGAAACUGUGAAUCAUACGUGAAAGAGUAUUUUUAAGUGGACUCUUUGUUAAAGGCAAAGAAAGAGCCGUAAAGAGCUUAGCUGGGUAGAUUAGAAUAAAGAAAUUGUCUCUCCCCAUCUGUUCUAAUUAGCUUAUCUCUUCCGCUUUCGUAGCUGUGCUGGUUAUUUCAGGAAAGAAGUGACAGGUAUUUUGAAAGGACACCGUUUUUAUUUAGCUAAUUUAUAAUGGUUUUGGAAUGUUUGUCAUUUCUCAAAUAUAAACUCUUAAAUGUUAGACUUUUCUUAUAAUAAUUUGUUACUGAAAGUUUCAAGUCUUUUCGGGUGUUCAAGUUAAGGAUUUUGGUUUCUUCUCAUUUCCUUUGAUUUUGGCCCAAAUGAUUAUGUUUCCUCAUUUGGGGAAGAUUUCUCUGGGUAUUUUGAUAUUUGUCGUGAUAGAAGGAAACCUUACAUCAUUAACAGCACAAACCUACAUGUCUUUAGAAGAUAUCCAAGAACCCAAGAGUACAGUUUCUUUUUUCCUGACUGACUCAGAAUCCACAGACACUUCUCCUUCUACUGAAAGGAAACUACCUCUGGACCACAGAGAAACUGAGAAACAGUGGUUGCUGAGAAGAAGGCGAUCUAUUCUGUUUCCUCAUGGUGUGAAAACCUGUCUGGGUGAAAGUGUGACCGAGGUUGUGGCAAACCAUGUGAAAUAUUUUAAAGUACGAGUAUGUCAGGAAGCUGUUUGGGAAGCCUUCAGGACAUUUUGGGAUCGACUGCCUGGGCGUGAGGAAUAUCAUUACUGGAUGAAUUUGUGUGAGGAUGGAACCACAACUAUAUUUGACAUGGGCACAAAUUUUAGUCAGUCCAUGGAACAUAGAAGUUUAAUUAUGAAGAAACUGACAUAUACCAAGGAAACUGUAAGCAGCCCUGAAUUAUCAUCUCCGUUUCCUGUUGGUGAUACCUCAACAUCGGGAGGUGCUGUUCUCAGUGCUCCAUAUCCAGAGGUGACUACCUCUGAAGGUACCUCAGAGAGCAGCAAGGAGAGGCCUGAGGAGAGUAUUAGCAAUGAAAUUGAGAAUGUGAUAGAAGAAUCCACAAAACCAGCAACUGAGCAGAUUGCAGAAUUCAGUAUACACCUUCUGGGAGAGCAAUACAGGGAAGAACUACAGGAUCCUUCCAACUUCCACCACCAGCACCUUGUGGAAGAGUUUAUUUCAGAGGUUGAAAAUGCAUUUACUGGGCUACCAGGCUAUAAGGACAUUCGUGUACUUGACUUUAGGUCCCCCAAGGAAAAUGGCAGUGGCAUAGAUGUUCAUUAUGCAGUUACCUUCAAUGGUGAGGCUAUCAGCAAUACCACCUGGGACCUGAUUAGCCUUCAUUCCAACAAAGUGGAAAACCAUGGUCUUGUGGAACUGGAUGAUAAACCCACUGCUGUUUAUGCAAUUAGUAACUUCAGAGAUUAUAUUGCUGAGACACUGCAUCAGAAUUUUUUGAUGGGGAACUCCUCUUUGAAUCCAGAUCCUGACUCCCUUCAGCUUAUCAACGUGAGAGGAGUUUUACUUCCUGAAACUGAAGACCUAGUUUGGAACACCCAAAGCUCAAGUCUUCCGUCAACCCCACCAUCCAUUCUGGAUAAUACCCUUCAAGCUGAAUGGCCCUCAGCAGAUGAAACUACCACCAGCAGUAUUUCACCACUUGAUUUCAGCUCUGGUCCUCCCUCAACCACUGGCAGGGAACUCUGGUCAGAGAGCCCUUUGGGUGAUUUAGUGUCUACACCCAAAUUAGCCUUUCCCUCGAAGGUGGGCCUCAGUUCUUCCCCAGAGGUUUUAGACGUUAGCAGCUUGACUCUUCAUUCUGUCACCCCAGCAGUGUUUCAGACUGGCUUGCCUGUGGUUUCUAACGAAAGGACUUCUGGAUCUCACCUACUAGAAGAUGGAUUAAUCAAAGUUGAAGGGUCAGAAGAUUUUCUUUCUGUUCAGCCACUGCCUUCAAGUCCAUUCACUCAGCCAGUGCCAAAGGAAACAAUACCAUCUGUGGAAGAUUCUGGAGUGUCUUUGACAUCCUCACCAUAUCUGACUUCCUCUGUUACUUUAGAUCUUCUUGCUAAAGAAGUAACUAUAUCUUCUGGUUUGGACUCUUUGGCCUCCAAAGACAAAGGCCAAUUAGAAGUGAGCACUUUGAUGCCAGACACAUCCAUAGAAAAAGAGUUUAUAUUUGAAAGUGGUUUAGGCUCAGGGUCUGGGCAAAUGGUAGAUCAGAUUACUUGGCCAUGGAAUGAGACUUCAUUAGAGAAGAGUUCUGAACCACCGUCUAAGUCAUGGCUUGAAGAUCAGGAGUCACUUUUGCCAACUGAGGUUAUAGAUGAGAAAUUAGUUCUAGAUGACAAAAUAGAUUCUACAGGACAAAGUAUUGACUAUUUAAAAUAUGGGCAUUUUGAUAAAUCCACAAAAUUUGCAGAGGAAGAACUCAUUGGUGGGCCUACUGUGCCCAUCUCUGCAGAAACUACAACUCAGUCUGCAUCUCUAGUUCUCUCCAAACAAAUAUCAGAGGUACCUGACAUUGAUUAUUACCCGGUUACCAAAGCACCUCUCCUACUGACAUCUAUAGCAAUCUCUGCUUCUACUGAUAAACCAGAUCUACCGUUUCUAAAGGAGGAUAUGGAACAAACUACAGAGUCAUCCAACCAUGAAUGGUUUGAUAAUGAGAUUUCAGUAAUGAAGCCAGACAUGCAACAGUUGGGGACUGUAUUGCCAGAAUCAGAUGUAGUUUGGGCAAGAACUUCUUCCUUAGGGAAAUUGUUCAGAGACACGUUGGCAAGUACACCACAGACUACUGACAAGCUCUGGUUGAAAUCUUCCAUAACACAGUCUACCAAAUUGUCUCCAACCACCAGCUCCACCCUGCUAGAGGAUGAAGUAAUUAUGGGUGUUCAGGAUAUUUCAUUAGAACUGGACCGGAUAGGCACAGAUUACUAUCAGUCUGAGCUAAUCCCAGAGGAAAAUGGCAAGGUUGGUAGUUAUGUGGAAAUGUCUACAAAUGUCCACUCCACAGAGAGGGCUAUUGUGGCACAGCCCACGGAAGGAGGUGACUUGAGUCAUACCCAGACUGCAGGAGCUUUGUUGGUUUUCUUUAGCCUCCGAGUGACAAACAUGAUGUUUUCAGAAGAUCUGUUUAAUAAAAACUCUUUGGAGUAUAAAGCACUGGAACAAAGAUUUUUGGAACUGCUGGUUCCCUAUCUCCAGUCAAAUCUCACAGGAUUCCAGAAUUUAGAAAUCCUGAACUUUAGAAAUGGCAGUAUUGUUGUAAACAGCCGAAUGAAGUUCAUGAAGUCUGUCCCUCUUAAUGUCAACAAUGCUGUAUACAUGAUUCUGGAAGACUUUUGCACCACUGCCUACCAGACCAUGAACUUGGCUAUUGAUAAAUUCUCCCUUGAUGUAGAAUCAGGUGAUCAAGCCAACCUUUGCAAGUUUCAGGCAUGCAAUGAAUUUUCUGAGUGUGUAGUCAACCCCUGGAGUGGAGAAGCAGAGUGUAGAUGCUUCCCUGGGUACCUAAGUGUGGAAGAACUACCUUGUCAGAGUCUCUGUGAUCUACAGCCUGACUUCUGCUUGAAUGAUGGAAAAUGUGACAUUAUGCCUGGACAUGGGGCCAUUUGUCGAUGCCGGGUGGGUGAGAAUUGGUGGUACCGAGGUGAGCACUGUGAGGAGUUUGUGUCUGAGCCCUUGGUCAUAGGCGUCACCAUUGCCUCGGUGGUUGGGCUUGUCCUCGUCUCUUCUGCUUUUGUCUUCUUCUUUGUCAGGACUCUUCAGGCUCAUUAUGAUAGGAGAGAAACAGAGAGGCCCAUCAGCAGGCAACCUGACAGCCUCUCAUCCAUUGAAAAUGCUGUGAAGUACAAUCCUGUGUAUGAAAGCCAUGUGGCUGGACCCGAGCAGUAUGAGGGACCCUAUCCUCAGCACCCCUUCUCUAGUUUUGCAGGUGGAGAAAUGAUUGGUGGUCUGAGCAGGGAAGAAAUCCAGCAAAUGUAUGAGACCAGUGGGCUUUCCAGCGAGGAAAUUCAAGAAAGAAUGAGAAUUCUAGAACUGUAUGCCAGUGAUCCUGAGUUUGUAGCUUUCGUGAGAGAACAUCAAAUGGAAGAGCUUUAACCAAAACUUCUAUUUUGAAACUGAUCAGAGGCCUAGAGAAGAUGGAGAUCCCUUGCUACCUCUGUCAUAUAAUUAACCUGGAUUUUAAACUCUGUUGGAAGAAGAAGAAUUUUCUACUCAAAAAAUUAAGUUUGGAGACCAAUUUUUUUUCCAGCUUAAAAUUUUAGAAUAUAGUAAGAAAUAUGGCAAUUUUUAUACCUACAAAGACCAAAAGUUUUAUUUAAAGAAACUGAAAAUGGUAUGAGUUCUGGGAAGUAUUCUACAAGGAAAAUAAUGACCCGAGAAUUGGGGCUGGAUUUGGGGUCUGCUUCUGAAUCUCUGAAGGUGUGACUCAGAAACAGUGGUUCAGGUUUCCCUGGAGGAAAAUAAGGCAAGACUCUUUCAGGAGAAGGCAGGGUUAGUAAGUGAAUAUUUGGUAGUAUGUCUGUUAUUGUUAGAAUAUUGUGGAAUGAAAAGCCUUUGAAUUAGUUUUAUAAAGUUUGUAGUCAGACACUCAUUUAAAUAAAAAACAUUAAGUAUUUUUGGCAGUUAGACUGCUGAAGGAAAACCAACAUUUUUGCGAUAGUAUAGAAUUAGGCUUGUACUUUUUCUACCAGAGUUUUGAAUUUCCUCAGCAUGUGAAUCAAGACCACAUUAUUGUUAAGUAUGUCAGUAUCCUAUUUUUUUUUUUUUUUUGGUUGUCAAAGGCAAUACAUAUGUAUAGUGUUUAAUGGGUUCCUGUUAGACUGCAGAUGAAUUUGAUCAUAUGGACAGGGAGGAGUGGGCAUUGGUCAAAGUCACAGCACUGUUAAUAUAGUUUGCUGAUUGGUGGGUGGACUAAGUCGAACUAAUGGGCUCCUUGGCUCUUCUUCUGCUAUCUCAUGUUGUCCUAGGCAAGUCCUGGAUUUUUCUAGUUCCUGAUAUAUUAAUUGGGAAAGCAGCACUAACUACCUCACAUAGUAUAGGUUAGCUUGUUUACAUUGCUUCUUCUUAUGUAAUAGUUUGUGUCUAAAUUCAUUCCUGCUUACAUGAAACAUGACAGGACUUUUACUGCAAUUAAAAUUUUUAAAAUUAUAUAGGUAGGAAACAUCCACAUAUUAUAUAAAUCUUAAUUGAAAAUGGAAGUUUUCCUCUUUCUCUCUAGUAAAUUUUCGAGUGGGUAGCUUUGGAGGGUGCAAGGAGAGGGCCAAAUAAUCUUCACUAUUAAUAUCAAAUUGCAUAUACAAAUAGCUUAUUAUUGAUAUAGUUAUUUUAUGUUAGAUGUCUUCAUGUUUGCCAAAAAUAAUCUUGAACAUUUUGAUUUCUUUCUGAUCAGAUUUAACCAGAUUAGACUGACUAUAAGAUAAAAUACUUAAUUCAUGUAUUUUUUUUCUUAACUUGAUGAUUGCCAAUGUCACUCAUUAUGGAGAUAUCCAAAACUAAAUCUCUGAGUACAUGGCAUAGUAAAACUAUUGAAAGUCUAGAAGAUAUCCAGCUAGUUUGCAAAGUAUGUAUGUUGUGUGUUGGUAUGAACGUUCCUGUAUCUCGGUAUUCCUUUUCAUUCCCUACUCACUUAAUGGAUUUUCUACGAGUUCAGAGUAGACACAAGCCACUGCUUGGACAUUUUCUACUGGACUCAUUUGAAAGGAAUUGAUAAUUAAUUAUCUUUAAAGCAUUAUAAAUGUUAAUGAUAUUUGCCACUACUAAAUGCUUAAUUUUAUUUCUGAAACUUUCAAAGAUUUCUGUUUAACCUUCUUGUGUUUCAAACUUUUUUCCUAAACUUAUUUGUGUUAAAUGAAAAGAAAAUUUGUCUUUAUCACACAUUAACACUAGACUGCAACAGUUUGAAUGUCUGCUUGCUGGCAGAGUUCUAGAUGGGCAUAAAAGGAGUCUGGGGCAAGUCACCACCUGGAACAUAGGAGAAGCACAAAUUAAAAGAGCUAAAGAAGAUUGUUGUUUUCUAGAGGCUAAGCAGUAAAGUGGGAAUUUGAGAAUGCUGACAUGUCUCUGGCUCUCCCUUUUAUAUGACCUUUUUGUGUAAGCACAAAUCAUUCAGCCCUACAUGAAUGUCUGCUUCACACCUAUUAAAUGGAAGAAUAAGGGAACUCCUACAUGUCAGGGAUAAUGACUUUGCCCUACUCUUGCUAUAGCUGAACCACAGUGGGAAAGAUCAGAGAAUGCAGCUUCCAAGGUGACAAUCCAUAGGGCUAAAGGAGCUAUUGCUCUAACGGGGCAGAGGACAUUGAAAGAGCUUCUUUUUAAAAGAGCUUUCUCUGAGGCAAUUUAAUGGAAUGUUCAUUUAAAAGUAUAAGGACUUGGGCGCCUGGGUGGCUCAGGUGGCUAAGUGACUGCCUUCAGCUCAGAUCAUGAUCCUGGAGUCCCGGAAUCGAGUCCCAGAUGGGGCUCCCUGCUUGGCAGGGAGUCUGCUUCUCCCUCUGUCCCUCCCCCUUCUCAUGCUCUCUCUCUCUCAAAUAAAUAAAUAAAAUCUUUUAAAAAAAUCUUAAAAAGUAUAAGGAAUUAACUCUCCUUUGGGUUGUAUAGUUUUGGGAACAUACUCAUUAACCUAGUAAUAGAGUAUUUAAUAAAAAUAUCACCUUACUUGAAAACAAUAAAAUGCAGUUAGCACUAAAAGUAUAUGGUAAAUAAUUCACACUUUUUGGAUUGAUAAAGUGCUUUGGAGUAUUGUACAUAUAGCCUUCAUAACUGAGUGUACAUUCACAAUUACUGUUUUCAUGGGUCUGGAUGAAGGGGAAUUUGUUUGAUUAAUAAGACUCAAUUUCUACCAUGGCAAUGUUUAAGGAUGUUUGUUCACAUUUAUGUGCCCUAAAGUCUCAUUUAGUACUUAAUAAAACAAGUAUAGGGUUUACUUGAUUUUAUUCCUA